CUGGCCCCGGGGCCACAGAAACGGGGCGUGGGCCAGAGCCUGAAGCAUCCCUGGCCACUACGAUCGCUCCGCCUGUGACCACCAAUUCCCCUCCUCUUCUGGCGUCCCUCUCUCCGCCCCUGUCGCCUGCCAGCACCGGACACGCUGCUGCACUUCAUCUCUUGGGGCGCUCUUCUCUUUGGCCAACCGUCGCAUCCUGUGCAACUCUGGUCAGUGGCCGUUUUGUGUUGAAUGUUCUCCACCAAGAGCGCAUGGCUGCGGAAGAGAGGUGCAGACCGAGGUCCCGAGGGAUCGCCCUCCGGGAAGCGGUGAUGCUGUUGUUGUACUUCGGGGUGCCAACCGGGCACUCCUACAACCUGGACCCGGAGAAUGCACUGCUGUACCAGGGCCCCUCCGGCACGUUGUUUGGCUACUCGGUGGUGCUGCACAGCCACGGGUCUAAGCGCUGGCUCAUCGUGGGGGCUCCCACUGCCAGCUGGCUCUCUAAUGCCUCAGUGGUCAAUCCUGGGGCGAUUUACAGAUGCGGGAUCAGAAAGAAUCCAAACCAGACCUGCGAACAGCUCCAGCUGGGUAGCCCCAGUGGAGAGCCCUGCGGGAAGACAUGCCUGGAGGAGAGGGAUAACCAGUGGCUGGGGGUCACCCUUUCCAGACAGCCGGGAGAAAAUGGAUCUAUGGUGACUUGUGGGCACAGGUGGAAAAAUAUUUUUUACAUGAAGAGCGAUAACAAACUCCCCACUGGCAUUUGCUACGUCAUGCCUUCUGAUUUGCGGACAGAACUGAGUAAAAGGAUGGCCCCGUGUUACAGAGAUUAUAUGAGAAAAUUUGGAGAAAAUUUUGCAUCAUGUCAAGCUGGAAUAUCUAGUUUUUACACACAGGAUUUAAUUGUGAUGGGGGCCCCGGGAUCAUCGUACUGGACUGGCUCCGUCUUUGUCUACAAUAUAACUACAAACCAAUACAAAGCAUUUAUAGACAGACAGAAUCAAGUAAAAUUUGGAAGCUACUUAGGCUACUCAGUUGGAGCUGGACAUUUUCGAAGUCCACAUACUACCGAAGUCGUAGGAGGAGCCCCUCAACAUGAACAGAUAGGAAAAGCAUAUAUAUUUAGCAUUAAUGAAAGCGAACUGAACAUCGUAUAUGAAAUGAAAGGUAAAAAGCUUGGCUCAUACUUUGGAGCUUCUGUCUGUGCUGUGGACCUCAAUGCAGAUGGCUUCUCAGAUCUCCUUGUUGGAGCUCCCAUGCAGAGCACCAUCAGGGAGGAAGGAAGAGUAUUCGUGUACAUCAACUCUGGCUUGGGAGCUGUGAUGGUUGAAAUGGAAAGGGUCCUUGUCGGAAGUGACAAAUAUGCUGCAAGAUUUGGGGAGUCUAUAGCGAAUCUUGGCGACAUUGACAAUGACGGCUUUGAAGAUAUUGCUAUUGGUGCACCACAAGAAGAUGACUUGCGAGGUGCUGUCUAUAUUUACAAUGGCCGAGUAGAUGGAAUCUCCUCCACCUACUCACAGAGAAUCGAAGGACGUCAAAUCAGCAAAUCACUAAGGAUGUUUGGACAAUCGAUCUCAGGACAAAUUGAUGCAGACAACAAUGGAUAUGUUGAUGUAGCCGUUGGUGCAUUUCAGUCUGAUUCUGCAGUGUUGCUAAGGACAAGGCCUGUAGUGAUUGUUGAAGCAUCUUUAAGCCAUCCUGAGUCUGUAAAUAGGACAAAAUUUGACUGUACUGAAAAUGGACUUCCAUCUGUGUGCAUGCAUCUUACACUGUGUUUCUCAUAUAAAGGCAAAGAGGUCCCAGGCUAUAUCGUUUUGUUUUACAAUGUGAGCUUGGAUGUGCACAGGAAGGCAGAGUCUCCGUCAAGAUUUUAUUUCUUCUCUAAUGGGACUUCCGACGUGAUUACAGGAAGCAUACGAGUUUCAAGCAGCGGAGAGAAAUGUAGGACACACCAGGCAUUCAUGCGGAAAGACGUGCGAGACAUCCUUACCCCCAUUCAUGUAGAGGCCACAUACCACCUUGGGCAUCAUGUGAUCACCAAACGAAACACUGAGGAAUUUCCACCACUCCAGCCGAUCCUUCAGCAGAAGAAAGAAAAAGACGUUAUUAGAAAAACGAUAAACUUUGCAAGGUUUUGUGCCUAUGAAAAUUGCUCUGCUGAUCUCCAAGUUUCUGCAAAAGUUGGAUUUUUGAAGCCAUAUGAAAAUAAAACCUAUCUUGCUGUUGGGAGCACGAAGACCAUAAUGCUAAACGUGUCCUUGUUCAACGCUGGAGAUGAUGCUUACGAAACCACUCUGAAUGUCCAACUCCCCACAGGCCUUUAUUUCAUUAAGAUCUUAGACCUGGAAGAGAAACAAAUAAACUGCGAAGUGACAGAGAGCUCAGGCAUAGUGAAGCUUGCCUGCAGCCUCGGUUACAUAUAUGUGGAUCGCCUCUCAAGGAUAGACAUUAGCUUUCUCCUGGACGUGAGCUCACUCAGCAGGGCACAUGAGGACCUCAGCAUCAGUGUGCAUGCCUCCUGUGAAAACGAGGGUGAAUUGGACCAAGUGAGGGACAACAGAGUGACCUUAAUGAUACCUCUAAGGUAUGAGGUUAUGCUGACCGUUCAUGGGCUUGUGAACCCAACUUCAUUUGUGUAUGGAUCCAGUGAAGAAAACGAGCCAGAAACAUGCAUGGCCGAGAAGCUGAACCUCACUUUCCAUGUUAUAAACACUGGCAUUAGCAUGGCUCCAAAUGUUAGUGUGAAAAUAAUGGUACCAAAUUCUUUUCUCCCUCAAAAUGAUAAGUUGUUCAACGUUUUGGAUGUCCAGACAACUACAGGGCAAUGCCAUUUUAAACACUAUGGAAGAGAGUGUACAUUUGCACAGCAAAAAGGCAUAGCGGGGACGUUGACCGAUAUAGUCAAAUUCCUAUCAAAGACUGAUAAGAGACUCCUGUAUUGCAUGAAAGCUGAUCAACACUGUUUAGAUUUCUUAUGCAAUUUCGGGAAAAUGGAAAGUGGGAAGGAAGCCAGCGUUCACAUUCAGCUAGAAGGCAGGCCAUCCAUCUUGGAAAUGGAUGAGACCUCAUCACUCAAGUUUGAAAUAAAAGCAACAGCUUUUCCAGAGCCACACCCAAAAGUUAUUGAACUAAAUAAGGAUGAGAACGUGGCCCAUGUUUUCUUGGAAGGGCUCCAUCAUCAAAGACCCAAACGGCAUUUCACCAUCAUUAUUAUUACCAUCAGCUUGCUACUUGGACUUAUUGUACUUUUAUUAAUUUCAUGUGUUAUGUGGAAGGCUGGAUUCUUUAAAAGACAAUACAAAUCUAUCCUACAAGAAGAAAACAGGAGAGACAGCUGGAGUUAUGUCAACAGCAAAAGCAAUGAUGACUGAAGACUUCUACACUGAGAGAACUGAAAAACUCAGGUUAGGAAAAAGAAAUCCUUUUCAUAAGACCCGUCAGAAUUUCUUCUUUUUUUUUCCAUGUGCUUAUGAUUUUGUGACAUACUCUGUCUUAGUGCAGGGGAAGAAAGAAGCUACCCAAAGGUGGCUUGUCAGCUUCAGUGGAUGAGUGAGGCAAAACACUAAAGCUCUGGACUUAUUGAAGAGGUGACCUGUUUAAGACAACUUAAAGAUAGAGCAAAUCCAGACUCAGCAGGACUUACUUAAAGGGAAUGAUUUUUCAACAUUAUUGAUGAAGUGGCUCAUCUCAGUGAAAUGGAUGCCAUGUUGUGGAAACUUGUUGGCUUCAAAUACUUUUAUCUUCAAACUAUGAUCAUGAUCUUUGAAUUCACUGAGACUUUCAAAUGGCUGUUCCUUUUUUAUUAGAUAUUUUCUUUAUUUACAACUCAAAUGUUAUCCCCUUUCCUGGUUUCCCCUCCGAAGAUCCCCUAUCCUCUCCCCAUCCCCUGCUCCCCAAUUGAUCCACUCCUGCUUCCUGGCCCAGGCAUUCCCCUAUACUGGGGAAUAGAACCUUCACAGGACCAAGGGCCUCUCCUCCUAUUGACAGAGCACAGGGUCCCCAGUGGAGGAGACAGAGAAAAUACCCAAGGAGUUGAAGGGGUCUGCAGCCCCAUAGGAGGAACAACAAUAUGAACUAACCAAUAACCCCAGAGCUCCUUGGAACUAAACCACCAACCAAAGAAAACACGGAGAGAUGCAUGGCUCCAGCUGGAUCAAUCAUUUUAAAGCAGAGGACGUGAAGACUGCUCUUGGUGGUGCUGCAUCACUGGGCUGUGUCCCUACAGCCCUUUUACUCUGCAGAUAGGAACUGUAAAAUGCUAAAGAACAAAAUCCGUUUGCAGCAGGAUGGCUUCUGGAAAAAUGGUCAGCUGCGGACUCUUCUGUGUAUGUACAUAUACUUUUUUAAAGGAUAAAAACCUACUUCUUUCCUUGAUUAAGAACACCCAGGAAUAUUUUGCAUCUUCUAAGCUUCACUUUUAAUACCAAUUCUUAAGAAAUUUAUCCUCAUAGCAGAUUAUAAAUAUUGCACUUUAGCUGAUACACGCUGAUACAACAUGAACUGCAGCUCGCUGAUGAUCGAAAAUUGUGUGAAGAGAGAUUUAGGAACCAAUAUUUCAUAAAACAUUCACUGCAUCAAAUUAAGCAAACAUGAGUAUCUGCUAGGAUAUUGUUGUUUCUCUUGAUCUGGUUGAAUAUACAUAAACUGGGACUCUAAAACACCACAUUCUGUCAUAGAAAUGGAGAGACAAAAAUCAUAGUUGGAACUGCAAAUCACUGAUCAAGUUUGUGUGCAGCGACAUCAAAAUUUCCACGAGAUAAUGCAUGCUUGAUGUUGUUGAACAAGAUACUAUUUUAAAAUGAAAUAGCUUCUACCUGGGUUUCACAUAAUUUGUCUGUAAUUACAACCAUUUUUGUAGUAUUUAUUUCAUAUAUGUAGUUUGGUAAAUGUAAGUUUUCAUUUGAAUCUGUUAUGUGUAAGCAAGCUAAGGCCAGACUUUGAACAUGUGCUGGGUAAAAGGGGCAGCCUUCAGUGUUGUGAAGAAAGAUCGCUUUACAGGAAGGGUUUGAUGCCAGCUGGCCCUUCCUCAGAUUUCCUGAUUUGUGAGGAUGGCUUGUUCACAAGUCUGUGGCUGGAGAGCAGGGACUGGCUGAAGCUGUCGAGGGAGGUUUUGAGUGCUGAAACUUGAGCACAGAGCAUCAGAUCUGGGUGAGCAGAAACCAUAUUUAAUUAGAUGUUUAUAUUUUUAAGGGAUGCUUUUUUGUGUAAAAGGUUUAAGUUGAUGGUUUUCUCAUAAAAAUUCAAGUAGUUAUUUCAUGAGGAUGCCAAAGUUAAUAGAUGAGAAAUCAAUAUCAUUUUAGACCUACAGUUUCAAGGAAUGAUCUCUGAGGAAAGUUAAAUGUGGAUCAUUGCACUGAAAACCAACUCCUGCCUUUCAGGUACAAAAGAACAUAGCUACCUCCUGGGCCAUAUUUUGCCCAAUUAGAAAGAAAUAUUUUUAUGUAUAUUUAUUAAUAAAACUUAGAAUUUUAUAUAAGCUUUAAAAUCUAGUUAUUUCAAAAGAUGCUGUUAUGGGAUGGGUAGUAGAAUAGUAGCCUAAAAGGAAAGAAUGUUUUUUACGUGGGUGUUCAUGGUUAUAUUACUAUCUCACUGUGAAGUCUGAAAUUUUACAGUUUUGUUUUAUUAGGUUGCAGGAAAUACUAAAGAAUUAUCUUCAACAAUAUUGAUAGAGCACAAUGUUGUUAAAAUUAGAUCUAACAAACACCUUCCAAAAAUCAGAACUUUGAUUUUUUUUUUCAUUGAUUUCAUAUUUUUUGAUUUUCAAAUACCUGGCUACUAUUUUAAUUCUAUUAAAAUAUUUUAAUUACAUUAAAGUAGAUACUUUAAUUAUAUUAAAUAGAUAUCUUCAUUAAAAUGUGUUGCAGUAAACCUCUCCACCCCAAAUACGCCUUGGCAAUGAAAACACCACAGUUAAUAUGAUUACAUGCUGUGCGCCUAGAUUGGGCAGAUCUACUGCUACACUACUGUCUUCCACAGCUUAUGAGACCCCUUAGAACUGUGUUUUCUCCAGGCCAUGUGCUUCUGCUCUGCUUUACCUCAUCUUCCUCCUCCUCUGCAUCCUCUCCCUCUUCCAUUUUUUCCUUCUUUUCUCUCCCUACCUUCUGUUCCACCUUCCCUUUUAUCUGCCCAAUCAUCAGCUCUCCUUUAUUUUACAAAUUAAGGUGGGAAUCAGGUUUAUAGGAAAUCACCUGAGUGCUGACUCAUUCCUUGUUCACAACCAAUCACAGGAGAACAGAAUUAACAUCAAAUAUAAUUAGCCCCAGGGCUAUCGUCAACAUUUCCCCCUUUCUGUCCAAUUAAAAGACUAUUUUAUCUCAGAUAUAAUUGAACAUAACUAUUAUUAUUUUUAAUUUAUAAAGUACAGGAGACCUAACACCCAGUCCAUGAUCUUUGUUAAUUAAAUAAAAAUCUCUGUCAUCUAUCCUUACUUAAAAGACUAUAGUUCUGCACCUGGCUAUGUCUUGGCUUUAGAUUGAAUGCCAUCUGAAAACCAUCCUCUCAAAUCUAUUCCUCUCAAAGUGGAAAGCCUGGGUUCGCCGGAGACUAUGUAGUUUUUCAACCUCAACAGAAAUCCAAGGAUGACUAAUAUUAACUGAAAAUAUAUAGGAAGCCUAACACAGCUUCCAAAAUUUAGAUAAUUUGUUGAGACCACUGGUCACUUGGACAGUCCCUUACUUCAACAGGUUGGAGCAUUGAUCUUCAGGCUACUGGCCUUGGUCACCUGACAAGACUUAAAGAAACAAGAAUAUUAAGAACUAGCCUACUGUCUCGGCAGAAUCAAGCUGUCCUAACCUGUAGCUAUGUCCUUUCUUUGGACAGUAUUAUGUCUGUAGAUGAAAUGAGGCAAUUCUUGCCUAGUGGCCGUUUCACCACAACUGGAGUAACUCAAAGAUGCUCAGUUUCUUCUUUGAAUCCAAGCCAGGGAAAGCUGUCAGGAGCAGACUUGUCUCAGCAACAAGUGAAUAAAUAACAUCAAACUUCACAUUCUGUGGACUUCUGAUGUUUUUGGAAAACCAAUUAUCUAUAUGAAGUAAUCUGAACUGUUCUCUGUUACCUACUCUCAGCCAUUUCUGAGUAAAAUAACUGAAAACACCCUAACAAUAAACUCAGAGCCAAGAAUUUCCUAUUUGACCCUUAACUCACAGGCUUAAACAUCUCAGCUAUUUAUCAUAACAGCAAUUGAAGGACUGGGUCUAAGCCUUGUACUUUAAAUUUUUAGUAUCAAAGACAACCUAUAAUAACCAUCUGCAGCCCCAAAGCUUAGGGAACUGGGAUGAUGAAUCUUCAUAACUUCUUCAAGCUGAAUAUGGGCGUUGAGAUAUUUUUUAAGGGAGAGGGAAGGGCAGGGAAAAGGGGGAGUUAGUUGGCCUUAGGAAGGCCCCACCAUGAUUGUAUUAGUUUCUGAUGUCUCUGUCCUGACUGGAUCCGGAUGAAAAAUCAAGACAUCAGGAGUCCAGGCAAGUCAGUUCAGCAUGUCUGAGGAUGAAAUUCACCAAGGCUGUAUAUUCUGUAAUAUAUAAAUCUCAAAAAAAAUUUAGUAUCAUCAAGAUAACCUUUUUGUUUGAUUCUCAGGAAUCUAGCUCUCAGGGGGGUCUCCCUCUAUCAGAUCUGAUCCAUAGAACUCUGGAAGGUGUAAAGACCUUAAUCACCUUUACAAAAACAUAAAGACAAAACCUUUUCCCAAAUCAGCACAGCCUUCAGCCGUAACCAGGAAAACCUGGAGCUUGCCCUCUGUCCCAGAGGAACAGCAAAACAACUACAACACACAAAAUCACACACA